GACAGCUGACCAGGAAUGACUCUGUUCUUUUUCAGUCUCUCUCUGCAGCCUUUUGUCUACCCAGUCUGCACUCCUGAUGGUGUCGUCUUUGACUUGCUGAACAUUGUUCCCUGGCUUAAGAAGUACGGGACCAACCCCAGCAAUGGAGAGAAGCUGGAUGGGAGGUCCCUGAUCAAGCUGAACUUUGCCAAGAACAGUGAGGGGAAGUACCACUGCCCAGUGCUGUUCACCGUGUUCACUAAUAACACCCACAUCGUGGCCGUGAGGACGACUGGCAAUGUCUACGCCUACGAGGCAGUAGAACAGCUAAAUAUCAAGGCCAAGAACUUCCGGGACCUGCUGAGCGAUGAGCCCUUCUCCCGGCAGGACAUCAUCACCCUCCAGGACCCCACCAACUUGGACAAGUUCAAUGUCUCUAACUUCUAUCAUGUUAAGAAUAACAUGAAAAUAAUAGACCCAGAUGAGGAGAAAGCCAAACAGGACCCAUCUUAUUAUCUGAAAAACACAAAUGCCGAGACCCGAGAGACCCUGCAGGAGCUCUAUAAGGAGUUCAAAGGGGAUGAGAUUCUGGCAGCAACCAUGAAGGUCCCAGAGAAGAAGAAAGUGGACAAGCUGAAUGCUGCCCACUAUUCCACAGGGAAGGUCAGCGCUUCCUUCACGUCCACUGCGAUGGUUCCAGAGACCACACACGAAGCAGCUGCCAUUGACGAGGACGUGCUCCGCUACCAGUUUGUGAGGAAGAAGGGCUAUGUGCGGCUACACACCAACAGGGGCGAUCUCAACCUGGAGCUGCACUGCGACCUGACACCGAAAACCUGCGAAAACUUCAUCAGGCUUUGCAAAAAGCAUUAUUAUGAUGGCACCAUCUUCCACAGAUCCAUCCGGAACUUCGUGAUCCAAGGGGGCGACCCCACAGGCACAGGCACAGGCGGGGAGUCGUACUGGGGGAAGCCCUUCAAAGAUGAGUUCCGGCCCAACCUCUCGCACACGGGCCGUGGCAUCCUCAGUAUGGCCAACUCAGGACCCAACAGCAACAAGUCUCAAUUCUUCAUCACAUUUCGCUCCUGUGCCUACCUGGACAAGAAGCACACCAUCUUUGGACGGGUUGUUGGGGGCUUUGACGUACUCACAGCCAUGGAGAAUGUGGAGAGUGACCCCAAAACUGACCGCCCUAAGGAGGAGAUCCGAAUCAACACCACUACAGUGUUUGUGGACCCCUACGAGGAAGCCGAUGCCCAGAUCGCCCAGGAGCGGAAGACGCAGCUCGAGGCUGCCCCGGAGACCAAAGUGAAGUGCAGCCAGCCUCAGGCAGGGAGCCAAGGCCCCCAGACCUUCCGCCAGGGCGUGGGCAAGUACAUCAAUCCAGCAGCCACGAAGCGAGCGGCAGAGGAAGAGCCCUCAACCAGUGCUACUGUCCCCACUUCCAAGAAGAAGCCCAGUCGGGGUUUUGGGGACUUCAGCUCCUGGUAGCAGCAGGCUGUUCGAUGACUGCUGGAGGCCUGUCUGCCCCUUGUCACCCUGCUGCACACCAGCCCCUGGCCUUUCAUCGUGCUGAGAA